UUAUUAACUAAUAAAGUCAAUUAUAAUUCAUGAUAGAAACAUUUCAACUUAUAGAACAAGAAUUAAAUUUGUUAGAAAUUAAUUUAAAAAAACUUGUUAAGUCAAAACAUGCAAUACUAGAUGUAGCAGCUGAACACUUAUUUAGUGCUGGGGGAAAAAGACUACGUCCAGCUAUUGUUUUUUUAGUUGCUAAAGCAACCAAAAAAGAAAAAUCAAUUAAAUUUUUUCAUAGAAGACUUGCAGAAAUUACUGAAAUUAUUCAUACUGCUAGUUUAGUUCAUGAUGAUGUAGUUGAUGAAUGUUCGGUUCGUAGAGGUGUACAAACUGUUCAUACAAGUUUCAGUGUUCCUAUAGCCGUGCUGGCAGGAGAUUUUUUAUUUGGCCAAUCAUCAUGGUAUUUAGCCAAUUUAAAUGAUUUAGAAGUUGUAAAGAUUAUUUCUAAAGUGAUUACUGAUUUUGCCGAAGGUGAAAUUAGACAAGGAAUAUCAAAGUUUAAUCUUUACUUAUCUGUUGAUGAAUAUAUUGAAAAAUCAUUUUUAAAAACAGCUUCAUUAAUUGCUUCAAGUUGCAAAGGUUCAGUUAUUUUAACUGAAAAUAAUUAUCAUAUAGCUAAUAAUUUAUAUAAUUAUGGAAAAUAUUUGGGAUUAGCAUUUCAAAUUGUUGAUGAUAUUUUAGAUUUAAUUUCAAAUGCUGAAGUUAUAGGUAAGCCAAUAGGUUCUGAUUUAAAAAACGGUAAUUUAACAGCACCAAUUUUAUUCUCUUUACCCAAUAUUAAUUUAGUAAAUUUCUUAUCUAAACUAAAAAAAAAAGAAGCAAUAAACUUAAAUAAUUUAAAUUUAGAAAUUAUUAAUCAAUCUGGCGGUAUUGAAAAGGCUGUAGAUUUAGCAUCUGAAUAUAUUUAUACUUCGGUAAGAUGUUUAAAUUGCUUACAAGAUUCUGAAUAUAAACAAUCUUUAAUUACUUUAUGUAAUUCUAUCAUAUCUAAAAUUAAAUAAUAAAAAUAAUAUUUAUUUUUUUAUUUUUUCUAUUAAACAAUCAAAAGUUUCAUUAUCUAUUACAGCUAAUUGUGAUAUUACUUUUCUGUUGAGUGCUAUAUUUUGUCUCUUUAACAUAGCAAUAAAAUUGUUGUAUUUUAA